CAUAUAAUCACGAUAUUACUCACAACUAGGAGUGGCUGAGGUGUUUUCACGCGAGAUUUUGCUACCUUCGGCAUUUUUUGAGCGGAUUUUGCUACAUUUAGGAAAGAUGGGAAGUUUAGGUCUCAACGAGAGUUAUGCCAAAAGUCAGAAAGGACUUCUCAAGAUCUUUGUGAUUAUCACAACAUGCAUUGCGUUUGCCAUCGUUGUGGAUAUGUUGGGAGGACAUCGUAGUGCUAAUGACAGAGUCGACUUCUUCAUCUCGAUUCACAUUGCUGGCUUUGUGAUCGCCAUCAUUAUCUUCCUGGUGUACCUUAUCAGCCUUGAAAACACCCUUGGAUCGGCCAGAUGCUGGCUGUACUUGAACCUGGCAGCAUCUCUUAUUCUUGGUAUUCUCUGCAUCGUUGCAUCUGGACUUCUGUGCGAGUAUGCCAACAAAAACACUGAGAAACUGAUCGCCGCCAUUGUUUUUGGGUUUCUAUCUGGAGUUUUGUUUCUGAUAGACGCUCUCAUCCACUUUAAGGAAGUCCGUUGAUUUGACAGACAGCUUUCGAUAAGUUCUGCAACAGCCAUCUUAAACUCUGUUAAAAAACAUAUACUACACGAUACAAUUACAUUGUCAUAUAAGAAUUCAAUAUUAACAGGUCAUUGCGAGAAGAUGAAAUUAAGGCACAAAGGCGAAGCUGGUUAGAAGAUUUGUUAAACGACGAAUGUAUUUAGUAAUAAUUAACUCCUUCCUUAUGAUUGUAAGUAAACGAUUCACUAAUAUCACGACGCAAAAAGUUGUAGUAAAAUCUGGCCUACAUGGCACAUUUUUUCUAG